AGUCAGACAGUUUUCCUUUCAGUGGUAAAUUUUCUGCUCCACGGCGCGCCGCCCAGCGGAGAGAUAGAAGCCGCCAGCUCCGCCCGCCCCCACCGGUUCUCACUCGCCGAUGCCGCCGCCUCUCCGUCCCCGUUCUCCGCCGACAAAGACGCCGGGGAGCUCCAAGUUUUCGUUCGAUACCAAAUCCACUCUCGCCGUGCGUCCACUUACGCGACGACGCUUCGAAGCUCUUCGAUUCCGGCUGCUCCUCCACCGGACUUGGCAGCGACCAAGCUAUAUCUCCCCACAUAUUCAUCGAGGGAAAACUUCCUAGACAGCGUGUUUGUGGUCUAUAAUAAGGCAAGACACUUGUUGGAUAAACCCAACAAGUUGGGUGACACGCCACUACACUGCGCUGCCCGGUCAGGUAGUGUUAAAAUGGUGUAUUGUCUACUGGAGUUGGCAAAAGGCGAGGGAGGUGACAUUGACAGAGUGAAGUCUUUUCUAAGAAAGCAGAACAUGCGUGGGGAGACGGCAUUGCAUAGUGCAAUCCGUCAGAGGAAAAUUGAUAUUGUGAUAUUGCUAUUGAUGGAGGAUUCACAGCUGGCUCGUAUUCCGAGUGAAGGGAUGUCACCACUGUACUUGGCUGUCAUGCUACAGGAAUUCUAUAUUGCAAUCAUACUGCAUGAUAAAGACAACCAACUAUCGUACUCUGGACCAGAUGGACAAAAUGUGCUUCAUGUAUCGGUCUUGAAGAGCAGAGAGAUGUCUGAACUUGUAUUGUCUUGGAACAAGGAACUUGCAAAGAAGCAAUGCGAUAAUGGGAGUACUCCUCUCCACUCUCAUCUUUCCAGGGCGGACUUUAUGGUACAAAUACUACUGGAAUCUGAGUUAUCUGCAGCUUACCAGCCAAAUGGAAGUGGCUCCUUCCCGAUUCACAUUGCUGCCUCCAAAGGCCGGCUCGAGGCAGUUACCAUUUUGCUUAAAAUGUGUCCAGACUGUGUCCAAUUGUGUGAUAUCAUGGGACGGACUUUUCUUCAUGUUGCUGUGGAGAAUAGAAGGUAUAAUGUAGUAUCAUAUGCUUGUAGGACACCAUCGGUAGCACCUAUUUUGAAUACACAGGACAACAACGGAAACACCAUACUGCAUCUAGCUGUCCAGGCUGGAGAUCUUAGUAUGGUUUGUUCACUCUUGAGGGAACUGCAAGUGCAACUCAGUAUACCAAAUAAUAGUGGACGAACUCCACUAGAUGUAGCAUGGUACACAACUCGACGUGGUAUUUCAUAUCACGGGAACCCACAAGUUAUUAUAAGGAAGUCACUUGGUUUUGCCGGGGCCACGUAUGGUUGCUAUGGAGCCAGUCUCCUAGAUGAACAGGCUAUAUUCCAACCAGACAAUGACAGACAGUCUGAGGAAAUGAAGGAUUCAACACAAACUCUUGGCAUAGGUUCAGUACUCAUUGCGACAGUGGCAUUUGGUGCAACUUUCGCCCUACCUGGAGGUUACCGAGCCGAUGACCACCCCAAUGGUGGCACACCAAUGCUUGCCGGAAGGUAUGUCUUUGAUGCGUUCAUCAUGGCCACCACACUAGCAUUCGUUUGUGCCUCCGUGGCUACAGCCGCUCUAAUGUUCUCUGGCAUGGCAAUGGUCGAUCUGGCAAUCCGUAAAAAGCACUUCCAGUUAUCUACAGGCUUCGCGGCCAGUUCUGUCACAAGCUUAGGAGCUUCUUUUGCAUUGGGUCUUUAUGUGGUGCUUGCGCCUGUUGCUCAUAGCACCGCUAUUGCUGUUCUUGUGGUCACUUUUGCUGCGAUGGUGAUUGGAAUCUUAGAACCUUUGGGAACCCUGAAGAUUAUAAGAGCACUGUGUCCUAGAUUGGGCAAAGGGAUUUGGCGGAUUGUAGCACGACUAAUUGUUGUGGUAGUUUUGCCUGCAUUUUUGCCCUUUAUAAUAAUAUUCGGCUGGCCAGCAUAUUCAGUGAAAUAUCGACACAACUGACUUGGCAAAGGUGGGGGAAUGGAUUGGUCAAGGUGUACACGAGAGCUUUUAGGAGUUACCACAUUUUCGGGAAGUUUAGCAUAUACUUUUGUUGUACUUGUACUGAUUGAUACUAUGAAUUAAGCAUGUGGAUUCGUUGUGUUUC